UGACGAAAGAUGUAGACGUGAAACGACUCAGAGCUCGUCUUUACGGGAAAAAUACUCUCUUAAAGACUGACAGCCGGCUAUGAAGCGGGGUUCAUAAGAGCUCUAUCCGAGAUUUUUGAGUUUCUCUGGACAGAGACAGAAUCAAGCCACUGCCCAAGAUGAUGGCAGAGUGCGAUCCCACCGACGGCGUGCCGGAGAAAGGCGGCGGAGAUUUAACUAAGGAGAAGAACUUUCCCCCUUCAGAGCUGCCCGCGGUGCUGUUUGAAAAGACCCGGGCCACACCGUCACUGGGGCUGUCGCUGAACCCCGGGGCAGCGGUCCGGAUCUCGGACUCGACGGAAAGCGUUCUGACGGAGCUGGAAGCGGACGGUUGUGGGGAAGAGGCGCUUCUUUUACCGGGACCGGCCGGAAAUCUCUCACCCCGAGCAGGUAGAGAAAAGAGGACGCGAAGAAACAGACACAGCUCGUCAUCAGAAAACCUGGCGUCUCCAGGUAAUAGCACUGGAGAAUUCAACCAUUUCCCAGAAGACCCAGAGUUUGGAGAGAUUAUUCAAAGGGCGGAGCAGGCGAUUGAAAACUGUGUCUUUCCUGAACGUAUCUCACAAGGAUCAAGCGGAAGCUACUUUGUGAAGGAUCCCAAAGGGAAAAUCAUUGGUGUGUUUAAACCAAAAUCAGAGGAGCCUUAUGGUCACUUAAACCCUAAAUGGACCAAAUACUUCCAUAAACUCUGCUGCCCCUGCUGUUUUGGCCGUGGCUGCCUCAUUCCUAACCAGGGCUACCUCUCUGAGGCAGCUGCCUCGCUUGUGGACCAAAAACUGGGAUUGGGGAUUGUACCCAAAACGAAGGUUGUAUAUUUGGCCAGCGAGACAUUUCAUUACAAUGCGAUUGACCGUGCUAAAUCACGUGGUAAGAAAUAUGCACUGGAGAAAGUACCCAAAGUCGGUCGUCGGUUUCACAGAGUUGGCCUUCCCCCAAAGGUGGGCUCAUUUCAGUUGUUUGUGGAGAGCUAUCAUGAAGCAGACUACUGGCUGAGGAAGUUCGAGGCAGAGUCUCUUCCAGAGAACAUGAGAAAACGGCUUCAGUUUCAGUUUGAGAGGCUAGUGGUGCUGGAUUAUGUCAUCAGAAACACCGACAGGGGGAAUGAUAACUGGUUGAUCAAGUAUGAGAAGCCAGGCGAUGGAGAUUUGGCAGACAAGGAAUCGGAAUGGACUGACCCGAAAGACUCCGCCAUAAAGAUUGCAGCCAUAGAUAAUGGUUUGGCCUUCCCUUUUAAACACCCUGAUGAGUGGAGAGCAUAUCCGUUCCACUGGGCGUGGUUGCCUCAGGCUAAAGUGCCAUUCUCCCAGGAGACAAGAGACCUUGUGCUCUCACGCAUCUCUGACAUGAACUUUAUACAGGACCUCUGUGAGGACCUUUAUGAGAUGUUUAUGGCUGAUAAAGGAUUUGACAAAACCAUGUUUGAGAAACAGAUGUCCGUAAUGAGAGGACAGAUCCUGAAUCUGACUCAGGCUUUGAAGGACGUGAAGAGCCCCAUCCAACUAGUGCAGAUGCCUCGUGUGGUGGUGGAGAGGAGCCGCGGGGGAGGACAGGGUCGUGUGGUCCAACUGGGCAAUGCUUUUACCCAGACCUUUCACUGCAAGCGACCUUUCUUCACCUCUUGGUAAUGGGGCCACACUAAGAGGAGCAGGACUGGAUUUACGAUGGACAGAGGUCCUUCAAGGGGGAUUAAGAUGCACUGGAUGGAGGACUUUUUGAUAAAGACUUCCAGGGUGAAUGUAGCAAUGGAAAUGACUUAAGAGGCCUUUUUUUUCUGAGCCUUUUCCCAGAAUUCUCCUCCUUAGCUCAUUAUGGGUAGAGCAGCACCAAGUGGGAAUGUCAAAAGGGAAUUUUUGUGUGGCAGCAGCCUUGCUAAACUGCCAAUUAUUUUAUAAAUAUACUGUAUAUAGAGAUAAUUUAAAGUAAUGAUUCAUAUAAACUUGAUAUGCUUGAAUGUAACUUGCAAGUUUACAUUUUACACUUCUCUUAAAGACAUUUCAUCACCAAGGAUUACUGGUGACUGUGGUAUUUAAUAUGAUGAAUGUAUUUGCUGAUUAUGUAACUGGAUGCUGGCAACAAUAUACAUUGUUAAAGGUAGGUACUUUUGUAGACCUGGUUAAAGGUAUAAAUUCCAAAAAUGUGUUUUUCUUCCCUCUCCAGUGUAUGCUUUUUGGAUUCUUAUUCCAGCUGGAUGGUAAAAGUAGAGCUGUAUAUUUAAAAUAAAGU